UCUUUAUACCUCCUGCAAGUCCCUCCUCCUCACUCUCAUCCCCGGACUCCAAAAACACUGAUUGCCAGGGUGGGUCAAUGGUUAAUGCUCCACCAGCUUUAUAUAAGCCUGCCCUGGCCACCUACCUGCUUUAGUCAGUCCUUCAGUUCCCUGAACUCCAGAGAGACGUGGCCCCAGCAGCCCUCCUGGGUCCACACCAUGGUCACCACGUGGAAGGCCCUUUGGGCCUAUCGCUUCUACCUGAUUGUGGUCAUCCUGCCCAUUCUCCUGCUGCCUCUGCCCAUCUUACUCCCUGAAAAGAAAGUCUAUUGUGGCUACACCAUCAUCCUCAUGGCUCUCUACUGGAGUACCGAAGCUCUGCCGCUGGCCGUCACUGCCCUCUUGCCCAUGGUCCUGUUCCCCAUGAUGGGCAUAAUGCCUGCCUCCAAGGUCUGCCUCUUGUACCUUAACGACACCAAUGUCCUGUUCAUCGGGGGACUCAUGGUAGCCAUUGCCGUCGAGCACUGGAAUCUGCACAAACGCAUCGCCCUCCAAGUGCUCCUCAUCAUCGGGGUGCGGCCAGCUCUGCUGAUGCUGGGCUUCAUGCUGGUCACGGCCUUCCUGUCCAUGUGGAUCAGCAACACGGCCACCACAGCCAUGAUGGUGCCCAUUGCACACGCGGUCCUGGAGCAGCUAUACAAGGCCCCCAAGGGCCAGGACCUUGAGGAGGGCAAAGACAACCCCACCUUCGAACUUCAGGAAGCAAGUCCCCAGAAGGAAGUGACCAAACUUGAUAAUGGGCAGGUCCACCCUGUCCCACCUGGUCCUUUGAAGCCAAAGUCACAGAAGGAGAAGGAACAGUUCCGCUUCUCCCAGGGCAUGAGCCUGUGCGUGUGCUACUCGGCCAGCAUCGGGGGCAUCGCCACACUGACUGGCACCACACCCAACCUGGUGCUGCAAGGCCAGGUCAACGAGAUCUUCAAAGAGAAUGGCAACGUGGUGAAUUUUGCUUCCUGGUUCAUCUUUGCCUUCCCCGCCAUGAUCAUCUUGCUGUUGCUUGCCUGGCUGUGGCUUCAAGUCCUCUUCCUGGGGUUCAACCUCCGGAAGAACUUUGGCUUCAGGGAACAGGCAAAGGAGCAAGACAAGGCGGCCUACCAAGUCAUCCAAAGAGAGCACAAGCAACUGGGCCGGAUGACCUUUGCAGAAAUAGCUGUCACAUUCCUCUUUGUCCUCCUGGUGGUGCUCUGGUUUACUCGGGAGCCAGGCUUUUUCAAAGGCUGGGGCAACCUGGCCUUUCCCAACAGCAAAGGGGAAAGCAUCGUGUCCGAUGGGACAGUGGCCAUCUUCAUCAGCAUAAUUAUGUUCAUCGUGCCCUCCAAGAUCCCAGGGCUGACUCAAGAUCCAGGAAACCCAGAGAAGCUGAAGGCCCCUCCUGCCCUUCUCAACUGGAAGACAGUGAAUGAGAAAAUGCCCUGGAACAUCAUGCUGCUCCUGGGUGGUGGCUUUGCCCUGGCCCAAGGCAGUGAGGAUUCGGCCCUGUCAAUGUGGCUGGCGGAGAGUCUGACCCCACUGCAGAAUUUGCCUCCUCCCGCCAUUGUCUUUAUCCUCUCCCUCGUGGUGGCUGUUUUCACCGAGUGCACCAGCAACGUGGCCACCACCACACUCUUCAUGCCUAUCCUGGCCUCCAUGGCUAAGGCCAUCUGCCUCCACCCUCUCUAUAUCAUGCUCCCUUGCACCCUGGCCGCCUCCCUGGCCUUCAUGCUCCCUGUGGCCACCCCACCCAAUGCCAUCGUCUUCUCUUUCGGAGGCCUCAAAGUGUCUGAUAUGGCCCGGGCGGGAUUCCUGCUCAACAUCCUCGGCGUGCUGGUCAUCAUGCUGGCCAUCAACAGCUGGAGCUACCCCAUCUUCGACCUGGGCACCUUCCCCGCUUGGGCCCAAACCAGCGCAAGCCACUGCGUGGUCAGCCAGUCAAACACCACCACACCUGGCCCCUAGACCGGGGUAUAAUCUGGCCAAGACCAGGAAGACCCAACCCAUUCCUACUCCUCUGAGUUGGGAGGAGACACCCAGGCUCCAAGCCAAACACUGGGAGAAAGGAACAUGUGCCCGUAACCUUGUGUGUGUGUGUAAGGAAGGUGUGUGUGCACUCAAUCCUGUGUGUCUAGAGGAAAUGUGUAUAUACUAUGUACAUGUUGGUGUGAAGAUGCUGUGUCAUGUAAGGAUAUCUGAGAGGGGGGUUUGUGUGUGUGUGUGUGUGUGUGUAUGAUCCUAGGUGUAUGUGCUUAACAGUAUAUGUGUGUAAGUUCACAGAUAGUAUAACAUGCCCUCUUUGGCACCCCGGAUCUUGAUCUCCCCAGCUUGAUGCGUGACCCCUUUGUACUAUAUUUAUUGAAACUCAAGGUUGGGGUGGCCUGAGUAGCAGGGCCUAAUAGCGGUUGCCAUGGCAAUAGCUUCUGGGACCAGCCCAGCGCAUUGUGUUUUCCCCGACCUCCCUAGUUUGGG